AUGGAGUCAUCUUUCUCAUUUGGAGUGAUCCUUGCUGUCCUGACCGUCCUCAUCAUUGCUGUUAAUGCACUAGUAGUCGUGGCUAUGCUGCUCUCAAUUUACAAGAAUGAUGGUGUUGGUCUUUGCUUCACCUUGAAUCUGGCUGUAGCAGAUACCUUGAUUGGCGUGGCUAUCUCGGGUCUCGUUACAGACCAACUUUCCAGCUCUGCUCAGUACACACAGAAGACCAUGUGUAGCCUUCGGAUGGCAUUUGUCACUUCUUCCGCAGCUGCCUCUGUCCUCACAGUCAUGCUGAUUGCUUUUGACAGAUACCUUGCCAUUAAGCAGCCCCUCCGUUACUUCCAGAUCAUGAACGGGCUUGUGGCCGGGGCGUGCAUUGCAGGACUGUGGUUCGUAUCUUACCUUAUCGGCUUCCUCCCACUUGGAGUCCCCAUAUUUCAGCAGACCACCUACUAUGGGCCCUGCACCUUCUUCGCGGUGUUUCAUCCAAGGUUUGUGCUGACCCUCUCCUGUGCUGGCUUCUUCCCAGCUGUGCUCCUGUUUGUCUUCUUCUACUGUGACAUGCUCAAGAUUGCCUCUGUGCACAGCCAGCAGAUCCGAAAGAUGAAACACGCAGGAGCCAUGGCUGGGGCUUGCCGGCCCCCACGGCCUGUCAGUGACUUUAAGGCUGUCCGUACUGUGUGUAUUCUCAUUGGGAGCUUCACUCUGUCCUGGUCUCCUUUUCUCAUCACGGGUAUUGUGCAGGUGGCCUGCCAGAAGUGCUCCCUCUACCAAGUGCUGGAAAAGUACCUGUGGCUCCUUGGAGUUGGCAACUCCCUGCUCAACCCACUCAUCUAUGCCUAUUGGCAGAGGGAGGUUCGGCAGCAGCUCUAUCACAUGGUCCUGGGAGUGAAGAAGGGCUUCGCCUCAAUCCUCCUCCUUCUCUCAGCCAAGAAUGGUGGUCCAGAGAGAUCCAGAGAAAGCUCCUAUCACAUCGUCACUAUCAGCCACCCAGAGCUCGACGGCUAA